UUAUUUAUUUUAAUAAUUUAUAGUUUAUACAUUUGUGACUGGUGUGUUAAACUGUUAAAGUUGUAGAUUAAUAAUUAUUUACAAUUGUGUUUAAUUUGCGAUGUCUUUAGGAGUUCCGGUUGAACUAGUUGAAGAAAAAUUGCACACCGUAACUCUUAAAUUUGAUGCUGGAACUCCUCAUCGAGCUAGAGCUAUCUAUCAUGCUAUUAGAGUAGAAAAAGAGCCAAAUAAAUCUGUUAAAAAAAUUUGUGAUAUAGCAGAUAAAUUUGUAAAUGUUAAACUGGAAUCAACAGAACUUAAAUCUUUGCGUGCAAGUUCUAAUGGUUUAUUAGAUAUAUUUAAACUUUUAUCUGAGGUAGUACAAAAAUUUGAACUUGAAACUUCAUCAGUUGACUAUGAUCACUUCUGAAACUCGUCAAAACACUCCAUCGCCAACCGAAAGUCGAGCCAAUUAUGGGUUUGCCUUAUACUUAGCUUCUAAGACUGCAUUUGUUGUUUAUUUAGCAUGGGCAUUUAUACCGAGUCAUUGGUUGGAAUUUAUUGGCCUAACAUACCUACCACAGAAGUACUGGGCAAUUGCCAUACCUGUGUGGGUAUGUUUUGUCAUUGUGGUCAUUGCUCUUUUAUACCCAGCUAUUAAUAUGCUACUUGUUCCACCUAUGAAUGAUCCCCGAAUAUUAACAGAUUCAUAUGCCCGAGAAACAAUUAAAGAAGUUCGUCCUGGAGGUAUACCAACAGUUUCUGACCUUAAUCUUUCAGAAGUUUGUAAAACAUUAUAUUUAGAUUCUAAAAAUAUAAAUUAAGUUAUUAUUUUUACUUAUUUAAAUUUUUAUGAAUUAU